AUGAAGAACCUUCUUCUGCUUUUGGUCUUUGCAACACUGUCCUCUGCAUUUCCUGCAGACCGAAGGAUGGAAGACGAGGAGAACCUGCGACUGACUCAGGCGUAUCUCAACCAGUUCUACUCUCUUGAAAUAGAAGCGAGUCAUCUUGCUCAAAGCAGUAACAGAAGUCUCAUAGAUGGCAGAAUCCGUGAAAUGCAAGCAUUCUUUGGAUUGACAGUGACUGGGAAAGUGGACUCACACACUCUGGAGAUCAUGAAGACACCCAGGUGUGGGGUGCCUGACGUGGGUCAGUAUGGCUAUACUCUCCCCGGGUGGAAGAAGUACAACCUCACCUACAGAAUUGUAAACUACACUCCUGAUAUGGCUCGACCUGAUGUGGAUGAGGCUAUCCAAAAAGGUUUAGAAGUGUGGAGCAAAGUCACUCCACUAACAUUCACCAAGAUUUCCAAAGGGAUCGCUGACAUCAUGAUUGCCUUUAGGACCCGAGUCCACGGUCGGUGUCCUCGUUACUUCGACGGCCCCUUGGGAGUCCUCGGCCACGCCUUUCCCCCGGGUCUGGGACUGGGUGGAGACACUCACUUUGAUGAGGAUGAGAACUGGACCAAGGAUGGAGUAGGAUUCAGCUUAUUCCUCGUGGCAGCUCAUGAAUUUGGCCAUUCACUGGGGCUCUCUCACUCCAAUGAUCAAACAGCCUUGAUGUUCCCAAACUAUGUCUCCUUGGAUCCUAGCAAAUACCCACUUUCUCAGGACGAUAUCAACGGAAUCCAAUCCAUCUACGGGCCACCUAAGGUACCUGCUAAGCCAAAGGGACCCACUCUACCUCAUGCCUGUGACCCCAAUUUGACUUUUGAUGCUAUCACCACUUUCCGCAGAGAAGUAAUGUUCUUUAAAGGCAGGCACAUAUGGAGGAUCUAUUAUGACAUCACUAACGUUGAAUUUGAAUUAAUCUCUUCAUUCUGGCCAUCUCUGCCAGCUGAUAUUCAUGCUGCCUAUGAGAACCCCAUCGACAAGAUUCUGGUUUUUAAAGAUGACAACUUCUGGGUGAUCAGAGGAUAUGCUGUCUUAUCAGAUUAUCCCAAAUCCAUCUAUACUCUUGGCUUUCCAAGACGUGUAAAGAAAAUUGAUGCAGCUGUGUGUGACCGCAGCACAAGAAAGACCUACUUCUUUGUGGGUAUUUGGUGCUGGAGGUAUGAUGAAGUGACCCAAACCAUGGACAAAGGGUACCCACGUAGAGUAGUAAAGUACUUCCCAGGAAUUGGCCUCCAAGUGGACGCUGCUUUCCAACACAAAGGAUUCUUCUAUUUCUUCCGUAGAUCAAAACAGUUUGAAUAUGAUCCUAAGGCAAAGACUGUUACCCGAAUAAUGAAAACCAAUACUUGGCUUCAGUGUAAAGAACCAUUAAAUUCAUCAUCUGAUUUUACAAUCAGUGAGGGAAAAGUAUAUUCAGGAGUGGAGAUGUUUCAUUAUAAAAAUUUAAGUUUUCUUAUUUUUAGUAUUGUUCACAUGAUGAACAAAAUCUACAGUUACCAAUAA